UGCUACUGCUAGGAGUACUGAGAAUUCUGUGAGAAGUGAUUUAAAGUCAUUAGUGGUGUUAUAAACGCUUUUGAGAAUAUACAUAGACAGAACUGAACGUUUGGUGUUACAUUUUGAAAAGAUGUCGUUGAAGCAAGGGAUUGGCAACGCCGAAUAUUUUAACAAAAGGGUCCCAAAGAAUGCCAAGUAUCAGAACAUCAAAUCCAAACUGGACACAGGAUGCAGCCUGUCAAAGUACAUGGAGAAAAUAGAGGACAUGAAGAGGAAUUACAGAUACAGCAAAGAUGAGAUAUUUAAACGAUUUAAAGUGACAACAUUUGUGCAACUGAUCAUUCAAGUGGCCUCAGUUUCAAAACUUACCUCCAGUCUGAGUGAAUGUGAACUGAACACACCAGAAGAUGCCCUGUCAGUGGCGUCAGAGGAGCUAGAGUCUCUCACAGUUCGGUCCUACGACUCAAACUCGUCUCCGUCCACAGAGAGAGGGGACGCCCACACAGCCCGCUCCACUUUGCUAAGUGUGAUCAGUGGGGAGCUGAGCACGGAGCAGAGUCCUGAUCCAGAGUCCAAUUCAGACUCCGACAAACCGUACAAAGACUGCCCCUAUCUGCUACUCGAUGUGAGGGACAGAGACCAGUACGACUCCUGCCACAUCAUCAGCGCUCACAGUUUCCCCAUCGCAUUUCUGUCUCGGACCAUGAACCCCUACACCAAAGAAGUGCUGGAAUAUAAAAAUGCUCCUGGUAAAAUCAUCAUAGUUUAUGACGAGGACGAGACGAUCGCCAGUCAGGCCGCCAGCAUCAUGUGUCAGAGGGGCUUUGAGAACCUUUCCAUGUUAUCUGGAGGUCUGAAGGUGUUGUCUCAGAAGUUCCCUGGGUCUCUUGUCUCUGGCCCUCUCCCUCCUCUCUGCUUCACCCGCUCAGCCUCAGUGAAGGGCAGGAGAGUGGCGCCCCCCUCUGGUCACACGCGGGCAGAGCAGCGCUGGAGAUUCACCGCAGACGAACUGAACAGACUCACAGAUCAGCUGGAGGAGGCUCUAGUGCCCAGCAACAACUCCAGUCGGAUGUCCAGCCGGAUCUCCUCUGUGAGUUCUCAGAGCGCCCGCAGUCGUCACAGCUCCUCUUCCUGCAGCAGUCGGCCCUGGAAGUGACCCGCCGCCGCCUCCUCAUCCACAAAUAAACUCACUUGAAAAAAAAAAAAAAAAAAAAAAAAGAAGUGCCUCAUCAAGGCUGCAGAAAGAGGAAGGUCAUGUGACUGGAUCUGAUCGCUGGAAGUAUUUCUCACGCCCUUUGAU